CAUUUGUCUUGCCUAGUGAGUCAAUACGUGAUAUUCGGUGGUGAGGUCGGUCGACCAGUGUGUUUUAUAGACCCGAUCCACUCGAAAUCUCGCUAUAACCGUCCCGUUUUCCUCAUGAUGCAGUGUGAGACCAUGCAGCCCGCGAGGUAUCCACCAACCCAGGUCGGACCCGGGUCGCUCGGCGUCGUGUCGUCGCUGUUCGGGGACCAGAGCUCGUACUACCGCCAGCCUCUCAGCAGCUACUCGGGAGUUUCCGGCGGCAUGCCUGUCGGGAUGUAUGCCCACGAGCAGUACGGGAGCGUGGCGAGACCGUCGCCGUACGGGCCUGCCUACGCCAGCCACCAUCACACCAGCAAAGACAUGGUGAAGCCGCCGUACUCCUACAUCGCCCUGAUCGCCAUGGCUAUCCAGAACGCUCCGGACAAGAAGGUAACUCUGAACGGGAUUUAUCAAUUCAUAAUGGACAGAUUUCCGUACUAUCGAGAGAACAAGCAGGGUUGGCAGAACUCCAUCCGCCACAACCUGUCUCUGAACGAGUGUUUCAUCAAGGUACCGAGAGACGACAAGAAGCCCGGGAAGGGGAGCUACUGGAGCCUGGAUCCAGACUCGUACAACAUGUUUGACAACGGCAGCUACCUGCGCCGUCGGAGGCGGUUCAAGAAGGCCGACGCCGUCAAGGAGAGGGAAGACAAGGUGAAGAAGGACCAGGAUCGUCAGCAGCAGCUCAAGCAGCAGCAAGAGGUGGCAGACGCCAAGGCAGCGGCCGAGGCAGCGGCGGCGUCAGAAGCUAAGGUGAAAGUAGAACCUGACGACGGCCGUCUGCACAACCAGACCCCGACCCGCCACGUCCCCCUUCCGCCCGACCCGCUGCAAGAGGCGGUGUCGUGCCAGCACUCCUCGGCGCAGGUGCCGGGGUUCUCCGUGGACAACAUCAUGACACCAUCUCCGAGUGGCACAGACAUCAGCACGGCUUCCCUGAUGUCUCGGCCGUCCUCCCACUCCCAGCUCCUGUCUCCCCAGGCCCUGGCGUCCUACCCGCGCUCCCAACCGCAACACACGCUCGCCACGGCCAGCUCGACCCUCAACUACCACUGCUCCGUCAGCGGACAACCCAACCCCGAUAUCUACGGCCAACACAUGUCCAUCGCCCCGACCCCUCCUGACCAUCACACCGUCCAGGAUUUAACGACAACCACACAAGAUUCCACCCGUCUGCAGAACACCGGACUUUUAACUGUAGCGCCACAAGCGCGCCAGCAAACACAAACUCUGGCCGUGCCAUCCCGCCCCAGCUCAUGGUACGUGGGACAGGGAGGAGAACUCAGCGCGAGCGGCCAGUGUCAGGGGACCACCACCGCUGUUUCAACGGGCACCACCUUCCCGAACGUCCGGGAAAUGUUCGAGACCAACCGGCUGCUGCCAGGGGGACACCCAACGGGCUCGGCGGCGACACCUGCGACUGUGUCCGGGGAGCAGAGCUGCCAACUCUCCGGCGUCUUCACAACCCACUCCGCGGGCGUCUACAGACACACAGGUCCAUACUCAACCUACGACCGCAGCCAGUUUUGAUUCGUAAGGACUGUAGAUUAUGUAUAGUUUAUGUAGUUAUUAUGAAAGAGAGACUUGUGCCUUGUACAGAUCGUAUAGUUUAUAUGCCACAAAAAUCACGGGCCAAAUUGAAGCCGACCCGCUUUUUGUAAGUGUGCAGAGAGUUUGAAAUUGCCAAGUUGUCACGGCAAAUCAAGGGAACAAUGUGGAACGUAUGGUUUCCCUCCCCUUCUGUGUUCUUGUUAGUUCCGUCAAGAACAAUUCAUCCUCAUACUUGUGUGUUUGUGGACAGUGUUCCAUUAUCAAAAGUCGUCCAAUCCCUGAUUUGUUUGAUGUGUAGUUGGAGUGGGCUUUAGGUGUGUAUAUUUAGCGGAUUGCUUGUUGACUGAACGUGUAGAGUGUGUAUUGAUUAGCCCAUAGUGAUUCGGGUUGUCAGUUUAUACAAGAUUCUGGCCGCUAAAUUGCAGAAAAAACUACUGUUUCUCACAGUUCAUGUCCGAUAUAACACUUCUAGGGCUUCUCACUGUAAUGACAAUCAGAUGCGAUUUCCUGUUUUCUCACAAAUAAUUGUGAGGGAGCGUCUUUCACACGGUCGUACAAAACGGUUUAUUGCGGGUCUGGGUGGGAGAGACGGUCUUUCGGCAGCACUUGUGAAGUCGUCCCGGCGCGAUUGGGGGACGGUUUACACAAGUCUUUUCCCCCGCGCUGAUAAAAACGUCCAAACCACUUCCACACUGUGCUCAUCACACACUGUGGACAUCUUGGGGUGUCUCGUUUAAUAGAGAUGAAGCCAAAAGAUAGGACAGGUCAGCCCCAAGCGUGACCGAUCCUCGGACCCUACAGUCUGGCCAGGCCUAAGCUCCCACCCUAAUCCGCUCACGCUUUUAAAUCGCAAACCCAUGAAUACGUAUUACCAGCGAUUGGAGCCAGAUCAAAUCUUGUUACUGCUCGAUCUUCGAUGACAACUUGAGAAGAAGUUGUGAAAUAGUUCUCAGUAAACCGUCACUAGGGAAAAUUGUCAGCCCAUGUCAUUGUAGGGAUUCCCACGGAAGACUUGUAUGUAUGAUGUAGUGAUGUAAGAUUCAAAAGGCGUUUUGGAAAAAUGCUUUCAAUGUACCAAAGACUUGUGCUCCAGCCGGUGAGGCGCAUACCUUGCAAGUUAAAACUCUCGCUUCUACUUUAAUUUAUUGAGAUUUUAUUAUUGUUGAGAGAGGAAAGUUACAAGUAUGUGAUGUAGAUUUCGAGAGAAAAAAUUAUUAUAGUUCUGUAGUGAUACGUUCGAUCUAGGAAGAACGUAGUUCAUGGCUUUUAUGUUGCAAUUUUUUUACACGAAAGAAGAAAAAAGUUCAUGGUUCUUCCAUUUCACUUUGUUACGUUUUUUUUCACCCAUGUUUGUUUUUGCGUAACGACAGUUGGAUUCAUUGUUUACGGAGCUGUAGCGAGUCAUGUCUAUUUGCUAACUGGACCAAUACUAGUUGUCAGAUCCGUAAAAUGUUACUUCACUAUUCAGCUUCAACAUGCCGACUCAUGUCCUUUGCAAAUAAAAUCGUCUGUAUCUCUUUCAAGAUUCGUA